CCCCCUCCCCCCACUACCACCACCACCGUAAAACAUUAAGAUGUAUUAAUAUAUCAUUUAUAUUAAAUAUGGUUUAAAAUAUGUUGAGACAUAUAAAUAUAUGUAUAAACGUAGGCUGUGUUUAACACUGCAAACGGUUUCCAUGGAAACGAACGUAAUAAGCGGAAGUGACGCGGGGAGGCGUGCGUUUAAAACCCUCGGCGCCUCUCCGUGUAGAUGCUCUGAAGCCUGAACCAUGGACCAGACUCUCUCCAUCACAGGAUCUCUGUGUGUGUGUAUCAGUGCUGUCAUGCUGCUCCAGAGUUCUCCCACAGCAGCUCAUUCCAAUACCGAAGUGAACGCGCCGACGAUUAUCCACAUGGCGCAGAAGUUUUCAGGCACUCGCUACAGGAUCACCUGCAGAGUGAACCCUGGAGGACUCAAAGACGAGAUCAUGGUGUACUGGCUGGCCGAUGGAGACUUUUUAGAGACGGCCUAUAAAAACAUCCGUGUGACAAAAAAAGUGAAAUGGUUGGACGGGACAGAGUACAUCGAGACCACAGCGGUGUUCAAAAAGCUUUCUCAGAAAGACUUCGACACCAAUUUCACCUGCAUCGCUCUGAGUCCAGCCGGGUUCGCCAAAGAAAACAUUCAAAUCAUAAAAGCAUCUCCUAGACUGACCUGAGUGUGUUUGUAACUUCUCAGUAUUUAUGACCCAGUGUUCAACACGAAAUGUAGGAAUACGUUCAUCUCCGUAGCUAAACGAGCGAAUGCGUGUCCUUUAAAAACAAAAUACCCAAGACCUCUUUACGAAGUAUUUUAGGAUGUAAUCAUAUCUCUAAAAUGUUUUAUUUCCAAAGGAUUUUUGGAAGUUUGUUUGUGGAUGCAGAUCUACUUGGCAUCAAACUGCAUAUAUUGUAGAAGUUAUAUUGCGUGAAGGAGUUUAAUGUUGAAUUAUUGGGUAUUAUUUUUAUAUUAAUAUACGAUUUAUAAACCUGACUGUUAGUUGGGUGUUUCAGCUGUACUUGAAAACUUGUUUUUUUUUCUUUAUAAAUCUCAAGUGAUCAUUUAUGAGUUUCUCUUUAAAUCGUGUAAAAUUCCAGGGGAUUGUUUAUAAAAGAAAAUUGUACAUGCAUUCACACAAAAACAAUCUGAUUUUAUAAAACUCUUUGUAUGCCAUGUCUAUGUGAUGUAUAAAUCUCCCAAAUGACCAUCAAAAUCUCUCAACACCUCCAUGUUUUGCGUAUUCAUGAACGUCUGUGUGUGUAAACAGUGUGUUUAAACAUUGUCCUUAUUUUAUUUCUUAUUAUUUAUCCUUUAUUUUCCACUGCAUUCUCAAUGAGAGUGUAGAAACGAAUCAGUUCAUUGUGUAAUAAUAAACACAAUCAAAUAAUGAA